UAUUGUUGAGAUAGCGUUGUAGACCAACUGUCGCGAGAUGCCAUGAAAUUCCAGCAUCAAAUCUGCGAGCUCGCGAAAGAUUUCUCCCGAAAAAAGGAAGAAAUUAAGUCCAGGGUCGCAGGUAGCUGAGCUAUCUAGUUAGUUAUGGAAACGAAAUCCAUAAUCUGGUUUAUGCUUUAAUAAUUUGGCAAGAGGCAAUUCUUUCGAGUAUGUGUCAGCAGAGUGAAUUACUCAGAAUAUUUGUAUUCUGAACCCAUUCAACUUUAGGCUUAGCUAAAGAACAAGGAUAGAGUAUUCCAUUAGCUAACUAGCUUCUUGCUAACAUUGGCUAACUAGCUAGCCAGCGAUGAAGCAGUGGUGGUAAACUUUGCAAAGAGCAACUGCUAGGAUUGUAUAUAGUUAGCUCUUGCUAGCCAGCUACCUCCUCUUCUGCGAUUUCUUCAGAUGCAUGUAGCUACUGUAGUUCAUCACCCGAUGGAAGCUGUCGCACUGGGACUCGAGGCUGCUAACACUGUGCAUUUUUUAAAUUUGGGGUUUACACAAUAACCUUAUUACACAAAACUAGCUACUAUAAAUCGCUUGCUCAUUCGGCUUUGUGGAUACAGGCCAUGGACUGAAUAACGCACAAGAAUGGUGCCUAGGUAGCUUGAUGGCUAGCAGUCAUAGCUGUAUUUGAAAAUAUAAAUUGGGUAUAACAAAAAAUUGAAAGCUUGAAUUUCGAUUGCUUUAGUCAAGAAAAUACAUUUGUAACAUGCAUUUGUAAUAGGUAGUUAUUUAGAUUAUAAUGUAUUGUUGGAUAGCUGGGCCCUUGUUCCUAAUUGGAUAAAAGAAACGCAAAGAAAACAACGGGAUUAUCGACUCUAGUCAAUUUUUUAAACAAUUUUAUUUUUUUCGUGAACGGAGACUAAAUACAAUGUCUACAGCGAAAGAAAACCCUUGCAGAAAAUUCCAGGCAAACAUUUUUAAUAAAAGUAAAUGUCAGAACUGCUUCAAACCUCGGGAGUUGCAUCUCUUGACCGAUCAAGAUCUGAAUCAGGCUAAACCUAUUUAUGGCGGAUGGCUGUGCUUGGCCCCUGAAGGAACAGACUUUGACAAUCCCAUGCAAAGAUCGCGGAAAUGGCAGCGGAGGUUUUUUGUACUAUACGAACAUGGCUGCCUACGUUUUGCCCUGGACGAAUCGCCAAGCACCCUGCCCCAGGGCACGGUUAACAUGAACCUGUGUACGGAUGUUAUUGACGCUGAGCCCAAGACGGGCCAGAAGAACGCCCUCUGUAUCGUCACCCCGGAGCAGGAGUACUUCAUACGAGGGGAGAACAGGGAGAUCAUCAAUGGGUGGACCGAACAGCUGGUGGUGUAUCCUAGGACCAACAAGCAGAACCAGAAGAAGAAACGCAAGGUGGAGCCCACGACGUCUCAGGAGCCAGGGCCUGCGAAGGUGGCCGUGACGGGGUCAGGAAUCCCAGAGGUGGGCUCGGAGAAGGUUCCUGACUCCAGCUCCAUCAUCUGGCAGGAGGAGUUGAGCCAGAGGGAGGCAGAGGGGACGGCUGUGUGGUCGGCAGCUGACCUGCCCCAGCUGGGCUCACCACUCCCCCCUACAGGUGACUGCGGUUCUGUGGGGCGGGGCUCGGAUGCGGGGUCGGUCAAUGGCGACGAGGUGGACCGCAGCUGCCUUCCCCCCCACGGCUCGGCCCCCCUCCCCCACCAAGACCUCCUGUCCCCCACGGGCUCCUGCUCCAGCCUGGGCGGGGUGCCUCGCUGCCUCUCCCCGGUCCCCAGCGACCCCUUUCCCUCCGGCAGCUCCCUGCUGUCCAACGGCUCCCACAUCAGCGGCUCGGUCAGCUCCCUGGACUCGGACGCCAGCGGCAGCACGGUGACCAGCACCGAGAGCCACCCGGCGGGGAGGUUAGGACUGGUGCACGGUGGGCACCAUGAUACGCCGCGGUCCAGGAGGCUGGAAGCCGAGGCCAGGAAGGCAGAGAAGAGGAGCCGAGUGAGGAGUCCUGGUGAAGAGAGGGAGGCUGUGUUUAGUCCUGAAAGGAGAUCUGGGGUGAUCGAGAAGCUGGAGGCGUUGGAGUUGGAAAAUGCCGAGAGGAUGGAGGUGGAGGAGGUGGGGAGGACCGGAGCCAGACAAGGCCGCAGCGAACACCGGCGCUUCCACGGAGAGGGGCAGCGACAUGACCUGGACUUCCCCUCUACUCUGCCUCCCCUGAGGCGAGCCAAGUCCCUAGACCGAAGGACCACAGAGUCUGUCAUGACCCCUGAUUUACUGAACUUCAAGAAAGGUUGGAUGGUGAAGAUGGAUGAGCAAGGACAAUGGAAGAAGUAUUGGUUUGUACUGACAGACCACAGCCUCAUAUACUACAAGGACUCCAUUGCUGAAGAGGCUUCAGAUCUGGACGGUGAGAUAGACCUGUCUACAUGCUACGACGUCACCGAAUACCAGGCUCAACGGAACUACGGCUUCCAGAUACACACCCAGGAGGGUGUCCACACGCUGUCAGCCAUGACCGCAGGCAUACGGAGGAACUGGAUCCAGGCCGUCAUGAAGAACGUGAGGCCCGCCACUGCGCCGGAUGUGGCGAGCGGCCGUGGCGCUUUCUCCCCGCUGGGGGGGGGGUUGGUUCAACCGGACGUGACCCAGGACUCCCCUUCCUCCGAGGCGUCGUCAGUAGAGCGUGAGCCCGGGUUUGGCCCCAAGAAGAGUCGGGCUCGUGAGCGCCGGCGAGAAGGCCGUUCCAAGACGUUUGACUGGGCUGAGUUUCGACCCAUCGCUCAGGCUCUCGCCCAGCAGAGGGCCCAGGAGGCGGAGCCCCUGCACACGGACCUGGGAGACCUGGAGCGGAAUCGGAGGCGGGAAGAACGACGGAGGAGGUAUGAGUCUGUGACCGGCUCCUCUGAUCAACCAGCCGGCUCCGAAACCAGGAGGAUGGACUAUGAGAGUGGGGGGGGGAGUGAAUGUAACCCUGGGGGUGAGUGUUGUAGUCCCCCCUCAUUGGAGAGGCAACAGAAAGUGGAAGAGGAGAUCGAGCAACACUGGCAGCAGGUGGAGAAGACCCCCAUCCGGGACGAGAGAAGGGUACCCCUGCCUUCCACACAGCCGACACGGGAAACGGCCGAGCUGGAGAAACUGCUGGAGAGUUACAAGAAAGGGGUAGAAGAGCUGAAGGUGCAAUUGGAGAGCUGUCACCAGCAGUUGGUGGACUCCAACCAGCACAAACACAACCUUGAGGUCCAGCUGAGGACCGCUCUGGAGAGAGAGCAGAGUGUGCGCACCGGAUACAUCUCCCCGCUGGAGUUCCCUUUGGGUCUGGAGGCUGAUCUCGAGCCCCAGAUGAAGAGGCCAGAACUGGUUAGUUCUCAAGCUCAGAGCUUAGCAAGGAAGUACCAGGAGACCAAAGAGCUCCUGCAGCUACAAGAACUGAAAAAGCGCAAUAUGCAGGCACAGCUUGGCCUCUCACUUUCUCACCUCUCCAUCAAGGAACCUUACCUUUCUGACCCCCCAAAAACAUCCCCUCUGGAAUGCCUGCCUCCGUCAGAGCCGCCAGUCCAAAAGACUGUUAGUUUUUUGAUUGAAGAUAAUGCUGACCGAAUUCAAGAGUUAGAAGACUUGAUAUCAGGAAAGCCCCUGACUCUAAAAGGACUUGAUAGAUUGCUACGAUCUCACAGUGAAUUCCGCCUAGAGGCUAGUCAGGAUAUGGUUGAACAGGGUAGCUGCCAGAGGCUUUUGGAGAGCUGGAAGUAUCAACAGGAGGUUGAGAACCAGACCAUAAAGAAAAGUUUAGCCAGGGCUGGUGAAAGCAUCCGCAGUUACGAAUCACGUCUCCUGACCAUGGAAGACAUGCUGGGAAGGGUUCAGAAGCAGAAGUUGGAGAGACAGAACCCUUAUGGGCCACUCUGUCAAAUUGAAGACAACUCUGAAAGCCAGGAGAUCAUGAUUAGGACAUUGACCCAGAGGGUCGAACUUUUAACGAGUGAUAAUGGAGCACUGAACCAGCGCUAUCAGGAAAUCCUGAACCAACUAACUGAGGCAGAUCGGGAGAUAGACAGGCUUAAAGCUGAGCUGAACAACCUGCAAGGCGGUAAACAACACCUGCUGGUACUAGAAGAGUUGAACAGAGUUAGGGCCAGACUAAUGGAGAGCAAAGCCAACGCUAUCGAUAGGGAGUUCUAUGAGAGAGAGCUGAAUGAGAAGUCUGUGAAGCUUCAUGAGGCCCUUGUCACCUUGGAGGUGCUAGGAAACAGUCUGAAGGACACAGAGAGGAGGCUGCAGCUGAAAGAGGCAACUCUCAAAGGUCUGGGAUUUCAGAUGGCUGAGGUAGGUGACGAUGAAUGCCCUGAGGGCAAGGAACAACUCAAAGAGCAAUUGGAGGCCAUCGGGGCCAAGCUCUUAGAAAAAGAAGAGCUUGUUCAGUCCUCACAACAGCUCUGUAGAGAACUUCAUGAUCAAAAUGUUGAACUUCAAACUAGAAACCAGGAAUUUGAGAGAGUACAGGGUCAGAAAAUUCUAGAGGCAGAGAAUGAGAUUAGGAUGUUGCAAGCAAAGUUGGAUGUAGAAGAAAGGUCAAAUAAGGUAAAAAUAGAAGUGGAUGUUAAUGAAGUGUUAAUGCAGACAAGUGAGAUGCGAGUUACCGACGAAAGUAUUAUAAAGCAAGUAGUAGGUGAGAUAAAGAGAAAGUCUGAGGCCCUUAGUGAAGUGUUAGAGAUGUUAGCGAAGGUUGAUGUUAGCGUAGAGAAAACGCUCAGUGAUUUAAAAAGCACUUUACGUAUCACAGACUGCCUUGGGUCCUUUCAAGAGGAGGACGAUGAAGUGAGUCGUAGAGUAAUGAACAGGUUGGUCCUGGAGGCAGAGUUUUGGAGUUGUCUGCUAAAUGCUGCAGGGAUGAUACCAGACAAGACUGAGGGUGAACAUUCAUCUAGUUUUGAAAGGCAAGUGGCAGAGCGUAUGGCAGCUGAGAAGAGCAUGUUACUGUUGAUGAACCGGAUUUGUCCUCAGCCAAAGAUGGAAGUUGACAAUGAGACUGCACCUGCACAGACCAUGGGAGUGGGCUUUUUGAAUUGGUGCAGCUGGCUUGAUAACGACACAAACACUCUUAUUUUUAAAGAUAUUACCGAGGCAUUGAAAGAUAAAGUGUAUUUGUUUAACCUAAUUGCCUCCACAAUUGAGACUUCAAAAAAUGACAAGCUUCUGUCAUUGGUCCUGGCUAGUAUUGAUUUUAGCAAACUAAAUAAACAGUGGUCUGAGCACAUUCAAGAUGCCACCAUAGAAGCCCACAUGUCGUAUCUUAUCAGCAGGCUGAACUACCAACACAAGAAAGAGCUUAAAGAAAAGGUUGAGAAAAAUCAGAUUGACUGUGUCAAGUGUGCUUUACUGAGGGAACAGAACCGAGAUCUCCAAUCCAAAAUGGAAGAUUUACAGGCUUAUCUUUCAAGUCUUGAAAGCCCUGUGGGUGAAAAUACCAGACCACUAACACACAUUCAAACUGAGGGGGAACCAACUGACUCCUUGGACAAAGCCAUUCAGAUGCAAGACAUGGUGGCCAAGCACAAGCUGGAGCUUCGGGAAAUAAAGGACACUUAUGCACAGGAAACAGAAAAGCUGAGACAAGAAGUGAUCAAGAUGGCUGAAAUAUUGCAUCUGGAACGUGAAGAGAAUGUGAAGGAGAUCGACUCUCUGACAGUCUGCAUGGAGAACCUGAAGAAGAAACACGAGACCGAGACAAAAGCCCUGUCGGAGAUGUUUUAUCACCAAACGGAUGUCAUCCCAGGAAGAUGUUCUCCCACUGGGGGAGUGGAUGGGGUGACCUUCCGUGAGACCUCUACAACCUGCGCCCUUAAGGAGCGCAUUCAGGAGCUGGUGGCCCAGGUCUCGGCCAUGACAGAGGAGAUGACGCGGAGGGAGCGCCUGGGUGACGCGGCAAUCCUCCGACUGAAGUACGACAAAGACCUGGAGAAUCUGAAGGCCACCUGCGAGAGGGGCUUUGCUGCCAUGGAGGAGUCCCACCAGAAGGUGAUCGAUGAGCUGCAGAGGAAACACCAGAGAGAGCUAGAGAACCUACACGAAGAAAAGGAGAGGUUGCUAGCUGAGGAGACCGCUGCUACCAUUGCCGCAAUUGAAGCAAUGAAGAACGCCCACAGAUCGGAGCUGGAGAAGGAGCUGGACAAGGCCCGCAAGUCCAACAGCAACACAGAGAAUGCAGACAUAGAGGAGAUUUGCAGGCAGCACGAGGAGGAGCUGUGUUCCUUCCAGAGGGAGAUUGAGGUGCUGUCGGAGCAGUAUUCACAGAAGUGCCUAGAGAAUGCACACCUGGCCCAAGCCCUGGAGGCUGAGAGACAAGCCCUCAGACAGUGUCAGAGGGAGAACCAGGAACUCAACGCACACAACCAGGAGCUGAACAACCGUCUUGCUGCAGAAAUCACUAAGAUGAGAUCCAUGGCCACUGAAGAUGGGGGCGGAGACACCUGCAACGUCACUCAUGGAAAGGAACUUUACGAGCUAGAGGUGAUGUUAAGAGUGAAGGAGUCAGAGGUCCAGUACCUGAAACAGGAGAUAAACUCUCUGAAGGAUGAACUCCAAGCUGCCCAAAGAGAUAAGAAGUACGCAACGGACAAGUACAAGGACAUCUAUACCGAACUGAGUAUUGUAAAGGCCAAAGCGGAGAGAGACCUGGGGAGGCUCAGAGACCAGCUGCAGCUGGCCCACGAAGCAUUGGGAGAACCCUCAUUGGAGGAGGUGGAGAGAGCAGGAGGAUAUGAUAUCAUGAAGUCCAAAAGCAACCCUGAUAUUCUCAAAAUGGCGGCUGCCGCCGCCAAACGCUCAGAGCGCACUAUGAGGUCAAAGUCUGUGACUCGUGACAUGCCCUGGGACAGCUAAGGCUGCCUGAGGACCAUUAGGCCUACCCUUCUCCUUUAGAGUCUUAAAGAAGGGCUGACUGCUGAACAGCGACUUCACCUGUUUGACAAAGACACUAAGGAGUUCUGACGGCAUCUCCUGCAUCACACCGCUCCACCCAUCUUGCUGCAUGUUUAGAAAGCUCACUAUAUUUUAGCUCUGUAAUGACUUAUUUAGAAACACUGGUCACACACAAGCCGUAUAUUAACAAAACAUGGUAUGAAGAUUGAAUUGUGUGUCUAGCCUCUGCAUUCCAUGCACUUCAGUUACUGUGACGUUUUGUUUUUGUUUUCAUCGCCAUGUCUUACUGUAAAUACUCUGUACUGUUUUUAAUGAAGCAUCUGUCAUGCAUACACUAAAAAAAAAAGAAAAUUGUGUAAGCUACUGUUUUAACUAAUUAGUCUGUGUGAAUAGCCGAAGGAAUAAGUAAUGUUGUAAUGGCUGAACACAACUACACAAUAAUGAUGGAAUAUUUACGUACAUAAGUAUACUGUAGGAAAAAUCUUGCCUUCUGGCCUGCAUAGUAUGCUAGUUGUCGUCAGUAUGCACAUGUGGACACAUCCCUCCAUCCUCUUCAGUACAGGCGACUGUCUAGCUCAAUAAAUAAAAAAGCUAUGGAAAAUGUUUGCCUGCAUCUUUAACUAUGCUCCGUUAGAUGUUGUCUGACGUGUUGGCUUGUAUAUGAUGAUGACUAACAUCACAGAAUGUUUUCUGAAACAGGACCAUGUUUUCAUUACCCCUAGAAGGAGACUGCUACCGUACAAAUGGGAUUUGAUGAUUAUAAUAUAAAUAUAUAUAUAUAUACGUUUAUAUAGUUUUUGGUUUUUUUCUCUGUAAUCGUAUUGGUUAAGCUAUAUGGGAGGACAAGUUGUUGGAGUCUGUCUAGUUUUGUUCAGUGGCAGUCCCUUGUAUUUAUUUAAGUGUUUUUGGAUUGUCUCACAUGCCAUUCCCUCUGUACUCUACUAUUGUAAAUAUGCAGCAAAUGUACACCAACUGACUACAGGUUUAUUAGCAAUAAAUAUUUUUGCACCCUG